AUGAGCGGGACACCAAACCAGGGCCCUGGCCUGCGGUACCCUUCGAACAAGAAGAGCAUAUACGACCGGAACCUGAACAGGACCAAGAAUGCGGAGCUUAGCAGGGCGGCGUUUGCAUACCUCUUCAUUGAGAUGAUUGCAUAUGCGCAAAGAGGGGUCUCAAACGUUGGAGACCUUGAGCAAAAACUCAACACACAAGGUUACCCGAUCGGCCUACGACUCCUCGACCUCCUCCUCUCUCGCUCUUCCAAUCCUCUCGCCAGCAUACGCCCAACUCGAAUCCUUCCACUGCUCCAAUUCAUCGCGCAAACGCUAUAUAGACACCUCUUCGGGCGGCCCGCCGACGCACUAGAAAAGUCGAGUACAGAACCAGGGCAAUACAUGCUGUUCGACAACGAACCCAUGGUCAGCCAGUACGUAUCGUUACCAAGGGAGCUCAGCAGUCUAAACUGUGCAGCAUUUGUCGCUGGCGUGAUAGAGGGAGUUUGCGACGGUGCGGGGUUUCCAACAGAGGGCGUUACAGCGCAUAGUGUAGGCGAGCAGGAGCAGGGCAAAGAUGCGAAGGCUAUGUGGCCAGACAAGACGGUGUUCUUGAUUAAGUUCAAGCCCGAGGUGCUGGAGAGGGAGGAGAUACUGGGAAGAGGAGGUGGCUAG